GAGGGAGUGGAUGUUGACAAUGUUGGGCCAGUAGGGGGCAGUAAAACAACUUUCUGGCCUUUUCAACUGUGCGGAAGAAGAAGCGGUGGAAGUGGUUGCGUUGUUUUCGCUUCCGUGUGACCUAUUUAGCUCCUCACAUCACCAUUUACGGAUGUUUAUCUCCUUAAAAUGCACUCCUUAAGGUAAAGCGUCACAAUUAUGACCGGUAAUUAUUUAGUUUUCAGGAUCUAACCGAAGGAAAGCCAUGUACUGAGGGAAUCGUUGUUAGCUCUUAGUGUAGCUAUGCUAACGCCUUUCAGAAUGAGUUGUCAAACGCUCGUUGCUUUGUAAUCGUUCGUUGUUGUUGUUUUUUUCAAUAAUUUCACUCCAAGCGUCGCGCUUUUGGUGCGCUACCUAUUAUUAUUGGCCGAGAUUCACGUUAAGGAUCAUCUUGAAUGUUCAGGCAGGUAGGAACCCUUCAGCUCCAUGUCUGCUGAGGCGUCAGCUGGCAGUCAUGCCGCCGACUCUGCCCAGUCCUCUGCCGCCUGCCAGAACACGGAGGAGCACAGAAGUCAGGGUCUGCUGGGAAGCAAAUACGUCAAGUUGAAUGUGGGUGGCUCGCUUCAUUACACCACCGUCCAGACUCUGAGUAAGGAAGAAAGUCUUCUGCAGAGCAUCUGUAAUGGAGCCACAGAAGUCAACAUUGACUCAGAAGGUUGGGUGGUUUUGGAUCGAUCCGGCCGCCAUUUUUCACUGGUGUUAAACUUCUUGCGUGAUGGCUCUGUUCCCCUUCCCGAGGACCGCAGGGAGCUGGAUGAGGUUCUGAAGGAGGCGCAGUACUACCGUGUCCAGGGCCUGGUUCAACACUGUCUUAAUGCCAUGCAGAAACAAAAGGAUGUGUUUGAAACCGUGUGCCGGAUCCCCAUGAUCACCUCAGCCAAAGAAGAACAAAGGAUGAUUGCCACCUGUAGGAAGCCGGUUGUGAAGUUGCAGAAUAACAGAGGAAACAACAAAUAUUCAUAUACAAGCAACUCCGACGACAACCUGCUGAAAAACAUCGAACUGUUCGACAAACUGGUGCUGCGCUUUAACGGCCGCGUGCUCUUCGUCAAAGACGUCCUUGGGGACGAGAUCUGCUGCUGGUCCUUUUACGGCGAAGGACGAAAGAUUGCAGAAGUUUGCUGCACCUCCAUCGUCUACGCCACGGAAAAGAAGCAAACCAAAGUGGAAUUUCCGGAAGCUCGGAUCUUCGAAGAGACGCUUAACAUCCUCAUUUACGAGAACAACAGGGGCUCGGGUCCCGGGGGUUUGCACCUGUUAGACUCCAGAGGGGCCGGAUCAAGCCUGGGCUCGGAGGAAGAGGGCGCUGUGGGCGGGGACAGACGCGUGCGGCGGAUUCACGUCCGAAGGCACAUUAUGCACGAUGAGAGAGGGCACGGCCAGCAGACCGUCUACAAAGACUAAUACCAACAAUAAUGUGAAGUUUGACACUCGAGUCUGUGCUGCUGAGGAGGUCCUGUGUGGAGGAGUUCUUCUGUUUACAUUCUGUCUUCAAAUAGGAACCACUCAAAUAAUAACACGCCACAUCGACCUGCAUGGAUAACAUUUAACAAACCUCCGUCCUGUUGGAAUCUUAUGACGAUAUGCACUGUCUGCCCUGCUAGUUGGUACAACAUGGGCUGUUUUUGGGGAUGUGAAAUCUGUUCUAGUGAGCUGAGGUGGUGUAUAAAUGCACGGGACUGGAGCAGCCAUGUUGUCUCUGUCCAAGGAAUGAGCAGCUAAGUUUGCUUUAAAUUAUUUCGGCUGCCGCUUCAAGAUUGUUUUAUAAUAAUUUAUGACCUUAAUUUAUUGUUUUGGUAUUUAACUUUUGUAUCGUAUGCAAUCUGUGGUCGAAAUGAGAGUACCUUUUGUGUGUUGCACUCUAUUGCACCUGAUUCUUUUUUUCAAACGUCAGUGUCAAGAUACAUUUCGUUCGAAUGUUUGAAAGAGAACUGUGAUUGCGUUCUUCACUCUGAGCCAUGAACUUUCCUAUUGUGUCUUAAACCAAACCACUGACUUGUGCCCCGUUCGUAAAUUCUCCAACAGACCAAACCACUAUGUUUUAAAGUAAAAUAUGAAAUGAAAGCAAUAGUCCCUCUUGAAUAUUCCACAAGUGUAACUCUUUGAUUGCCGCCUUUCAGCACUCUUAAUAAAUCACUAAAACG